ACCCCGGCCGACCCCGGGCCUGCGUUUCUCAGCGUUCGGAGUUGGCUUCGCUUAAUGGCGAAGCGGAUCGUUCUGGAGCUUCCACCUCUUUGGAGGCACGAAUCUGACUGCAGGGCUGCCGAUAAAUUUUUAACAGAUAUAGCAUACGCAGAAAAGUGCAUACGACAUACACGUUUAAAGAAGAAUUAAUAAAACACCCAGAUAAAAACGAAAAGGGCAUUGCCGGCACCCCAGGAGUUUCUCACCCAUGCCCUCUGCUCCUUUGGGAGCCUGAUUCUCUCCUAGCCUGACUAGUGUGAUCAUUUCCUUACAGCUUUACCAUCUAUGUGUGCAUGCGAUGUCGUUUUCCUUUGCCUGUUUUUGAACUUUUGCGGGUGGAUCACAGUGUGUUGUUUUGUGGUUUUCAAUCAGUAUUAAAUUGGUGUACUGUGUAUGUGUAGGUAAUUUUCAUUGUUGCCUAGUAUUCCAGUGUGAAUAGAACAGUGAAUCUAUUCUAUUCUGGGUGGGCGUUUUGUUCAGACUGAGGCUACUCAGAACAUGGCUAUAAACAUUCUAGUGUACCUGGAACGUAGUGCAAAUGUGUUGGAAUUUCCAGGACAUGCACCUUGGAGUCCUUAGAGAAUUGUCGUUGCAUAGAGUAUGCAUAACUACCAGCCAAUGCCAAAUUUUUAUUUGUAGUGCAACAAAGCUAACUUCCCAGGACACACUUUCACUUUGCUUUGUAGUUCUGUAACCCCUUUCCCCCACUUUUUUUCCAUUAAGAGUAGGUUUUCUCAUUGAGUGCUGAAAACUGCCAAGACAGCAUUGAGUGGGUUAUUUGUUGUUGGUUUUUGAGAAAGGGUCUCGUUCUGGAGUGCAAUGGCGCAAUCUUGGUUCACUGCAAUCUCUGCCUCCUGGGCUCAAGUGAUCCUCCUACCUCAGCCUCCCAAGUAGCUGGGACCACAGGUGCAGGCCACGAUGCCCAGCUAAUUUUCUUAUUUUUUAUAGAGAGGGGUUCUCACUAUGUUGCCCAGGCUGGUCUCAAACUCCUGGGCUCAAGUGAUCCGCCCGCCUUGACCUCCCAAAAGUGCUAGGAUCACAAGUGUGAGCCACCGAGCCUGGGCCAGCAUUGAGUUUUUAAGGAUGCCUUACAGAGUACCACUUGAUAGUUGACCCCUGAUCAUUUAGCAUUUUGUAAGUGUAAAAAGAAAAAAACUUACCUGAAGUAUUCUCUAUGGUCUUUUUUUCAAACAUUCUUCCCUACACCAAGGGCAGAGAAACCUUUAGAAAUUACACAUAUAUGGCCGGGCGCGGUGGCUCGCGCCUGUAAUCCCAGCACUUUGGGAGGCCGAGGCGAGCGGAUGACGAGGUCAAGAGAUCCUGGCCAACAUGGUGAAACCCCGUCUCUACUAAAAAUACAAAAAUUAGCCGGGCGUGGUGGCAGGCUCCUGUAGUCCCAGCUCCUCGGGAGGCUGAGGCAGGAGAAUCGCUUGAACGCGGGAGGCUGAGGUUGCAGUGAGCCGAGAUCGUGCCACUGCACUCCAUCCUGACGACAGAGCGAAACUCUGUCUCAAAAGAAAAAAAAAAUUACACAUAUGUAUCUCGCCUGUCUUUGAUUCCUGUGUUGGUGCCUCUGGAUAUUUGUCAAACUAGAGUUCCUACGUUCCUUAUCAGGUUAUUUCUGUCGAAUUUCUAGCACUUUUAAGUGACCUAUAAUCUUGUAGGCAAGUGAAUGAAGUCAGUGAGUGUAUGUCACAUUGACUUACGCCUGACUCAUAUGCAGCUUGUCUUUAGAUGGGCAAACAAGAUGCUGGCCCUACUGGAGUGGCUGUGCCGUCCUGGGCACCCUUCCUCCAGUGGCUCCAGUUUUCAAGGCUUUGACACAAUGGACCUAAAGUCUCCUUUUUCAAGCUUGGCUGCAUAUCCACAGUGCUUUUGUGCAUGAUGUUGCGUUGUUCUGGAGGUUUCAUUUUGUAAUUCCGGUUACCUUUGAUGAAAGAAAUUAGUAAAAACUUUUUGGUUGUGAGUAAUUGCAGAAGCCAUGUGGCUGCCAAGUUUCUACAUGAGCCUUGGGGUAAAAAGACACUGAGAUCUUCUCCUUUGUUCCAGGAAGUCCUGGAAUUUCCUAGUUUUCUCUUAUUUUCUCUGUGUGUUUUAUUUUUUUUUUCCUUCCUUCCCUGAAAGCUUUGGAAAUGCCUGAGGAGAGACCUGGAAUGGCCAAAUAUCAAGGUGAAGUUCAAAGUUUGAAACUGGAUGAUGAUUCAGUUAUAGAAGGAGUAAGCGACCAAGUACUUGUGGCAGUUGUGGUCAGUUUCGCUUUGAUUGCUACCCUGGUAUAUGCACUUUUCAGGAUGCACCUGCUGCCGCUCGACAGCAGUUCUACACUGACAUGUACUGUCCCAUCUGCCUGCACCAAGCCUCCUUCCCGGUGGAGACCAACUGUGGACAUCUUUUUUGUGGUAACCUUACUCCUAACAGUAUUUGGUGAAGAUGAUCAGUCUCAGGAUAUUGUGAGACUACAUCAGGAUAUUAAUGAUUAUAACCGGAGAUUCUCAGGGCAACCCAGAUCUAUUAUGGAGAGAAUUAUGGAUCUACCCACUUUACUGAGGCACGCAUUCAGGGAAAUGUUUUCAGUCGGGGGCCUUUUCUGGAUGUUUCGCAUCAGGAUAAUACUUUGUUUAAUGGGAGCUUUUUUCUAUCUUAUAUCACCUCUAGAUUUUGUACCUGAAGCCUUGUUUGGAAUUCUAGGCUUUCUAGAUGAUUUCUUUGUCAUCUUUUUAUUGCUUAUCUACAUCUCUAUUAUGUAUCGAGAAGUGAUAACCCAAAGGCUAACCAGAUGAAAAAGAAAACAAAACUGAGUUUACUAGGAUAUCUGAGCUAAUGUAGAAUAUCAAACAGAAGGACCCAUGGCGGUAUAAAGCAAUGAAGCAAUGGAGUAUUAUCUCACAAAUAUAAAACCACUGUAAGACAAACAUUUGAUUAUCAUUUGACAAAUGCCUAGGAAUAUAUAACUGGAAUUUUCACAUGUUUCAAGUUCUAAUAUUAAGUUUAGAAUUAUAAUGAUCUACAGUUGUAUCUUGAUUCUAUGUUGUCUGGAAAAAAUAUAGAAUUAUAUAAAAAGGGAUGCUUUUAUAUAUUUUUCUUUUCCCCAGAAUUACUUAGAUUAAUUGGAUGUAUAGUAAAAUAUUGUUAAAUUUCAGUUUAUCCACUUUAUCCUUCUCAGCAGGUACCUAUAUGAUAAUAUAUAGCUGUGAAACUCAUCUAAAUUUUUUUGUUACAAUAAAAUAUUAUAUACUAUUGGGGAAAAUUCAGUAUUUCUUUUAGUGCUAGCUAAGUUUUGUGCAUUUGGAGCAGUUCUGCUUUUUCAUUCUGGUAUAAUUAAUUAUUUGUUAUCAGCUGAAACUGAAAGAAGAAACUUGAACUUCAUACUUUGAUAUCAUCAUAUUCUAGUUUACAGAAUACAUUUUAAUCAAUAGAAGAAUUAAGAUGGAAAACAUGGCCGGGCGGGGUGGCUCACGCCUGUAAUCCUAGCACUUUGGGAGGCCGAGGUGGGUGGAUCACGAGGUCAGGAGAUCAGGACCAUCCUGGCUAACAUGGUGAAACCCCGUCUCUACUAAAAAUACAAAAAAUUAGCCAGGCGUGGUGGUGGGCACCUGUAGUCCCAGCUACUCGGAAGGCUGAGGCAGAAGAAUGGCGUGAACCGGGAGGCAGAUCGCGCCACUGCACUCCAGCUGGGCGACAGAGCGAGACUCCCUCUCAAAAAAAAAAAAAAAAAAAAAAAAAGAUGAAAAACAUUUAUCUCCAGUCAGCACACUUGAUGUUCACAGUUAGACAUUUAAACAAGAGCUCAUCCUUUCGUAGUACAUAUAAAAGUAAUUGUAAAGGGAAGAUUGUUUUAGGAACCUGGGUGAUGCUGCAAACACAGAGUAGCCUGAAGCAUUUCUGAGGAAGGUGAAUCUUCGUGUCUUUGAGCAUCAGGCCCAUAGGAAGGUACUGGGAACAGUAUUUACAUUUGACAAAAGAAAUUACUGGUUAGCUGUAGCAACAGAUUGGACAAACUUGGUUAGUUUUCUGUUGUCAGAAAUUUUUAUAAUACUGUCUCAGGAUGGCAGCACACAGCUCAGAUUCAUGUCUUGAGCUAAACAAGUGAACAUAUCUGAGAAGACUCAAUACCACACGGUAUUGGGAGAUCUUACUCACUUCAGCUGGCGUUGCUCAUUGGUGAAUGUAUGACGGCAGGAUGUGAGGGGAUGCCCAGGAGUCAGUGUUAGCAUUGUCAUCUGAGAUCACUGCUAUUAAUAUCAUCCAUUAAUUUAUUAGUGAGCUUCACUAUAUGCAGACUGGGAGAUAAGGAGAAAAUCUCUCACAUUCUCUCUAGCUAAUCAGAUCAGCUACCAAUUAAUGAGAUUCUGAAUGAAAUAUCAAUAUGUGUUUUUCUAAUUUGGACCUAGGACAGAGCUGUUGCUUGUCAUAGAGAAAGACAAUAAUGCUUAAACAUAGCACAUUAUAAUUAAAGCAGGUUUCUCACAUACUUUUCAUUUUAUCCUUUGGAUAAUUUUGUGAGGAACGCAGGACACCAACUUCCCUUUCAUAGAUACAAUCCCCAUGCUAUUGAUGAAAGUGUUUUUGAAUGAAGUCAUACAACGAAUAACUGAUCAAAGUGGCAUUAAACCAAAAUCUCUUAGUAGAACUCCUGCAUAGAAUGUUUAGAUAGACGUGAAAGUUGUUAAGAGGAACGGCAAGAGAGAAACUGGUUCUUCGGAAGUCUUUCGUGCUACAUUAUACCUCCAUCAGAGUGAGACAGCUUAGGCACUCCUAAGAGGAAAGGUUUGUGGAGAUGACACCUAAAGACUGCAUGAAUCCAAAUUCUGCACUUCCAAAUCAAAUAGGUAAAAGGGUGGCAUACAUCACAGAAAAACAUUUCAGCUGCAGUCACCAACUUGAAAAGCGAGUGAGUAGGAGUUUGUCACACUGCCAUGUACCAGACUGGAAAUGCAUUUCCUACCAAUUAUACAUUUGGUGUGGGGGAAUAGUGAUGUCAUUUUUUGACAGGAUUUUAUUUUGUGUGCAUGCGUUCUGCUCCAAGUGUCACAAUUCUGGUUACAAUAAUUAUAAUAUUUGGAGUUACUACUAAGACUUUCCUGAAAGAGGUGUAUUGUACCAAAUUUUGUAACAUAAAAAAAUACUAAAUGGUCUUAAAGCUUACUAAAUUGUGAAAAGGGUAUGUGCUAACAUCUCAGAACUUUAGACGUGCUUAUUGUCAUCUUUACUGAUCUCUGAUGAUAAAUGCAGAAGAGAUCUGAGAGUUUUUAAAGCAAGUAGAGUCAAUCAGUGUUUUGAACAUCAUAGUAAUACUUCUGUGAUUCAGAGUUAGAUCAUAUAAAUCAAAGUAACAAUCUGGAUUUUUUUUAAACAACAAUAUCAUAACUGUCAUAAAACAGAUGGUCCAACCCCAGGAGCAGAUAAUAACUUGGGCAGCUCUGUGGGGAACAAGAUGGGGAAAACAACUGUUCUAACUGCCCACUAGAACAGUGGUUUCAAAUACUACAAUUCUCAGUGUUUGAGAGGUACUAGGGAAGAAAGGACUGUGUGGAUCCCUUGUGGCUAUGCAGAUACCUACCUCACAGAGUUGUUGUAGAAGACUGGUGGUUUGGUUCAAACCUUGUGAUUAAAGAGUUUGUCAAGCAUUUUAUUCUUUUGAAUAAAAGCAACAUAUCUAAAACA